CUACGAACAGAUAACACUUGUCAAAGCGAAUCUUACCUACUAUUCCGGAGAAAGAAUAUCUGACCCUGUAUCAGUGGUUAAUGGGGCAAUUUUGGCGGCUGCGCUGUGAAUGUCCUCCAGCGGAGAGUCAUGGUAGCGCAAGGUUUGCAGAAACCUCCUUUUCAGUUUACUGUGGUAUUGCAUUGGGCAUAAUGGAGACCAAACCAGUGAUAACCUUUCUCAAAACCCUCCUCAUUGUUUACUCCUUCGUAUUUUGGAUCACAGGAGCGAUCCUCUUGGCAGUGGGAGUAUGGGGGAAGUUUAUGCUGGGCCCGUAUAUCUCUCUGAUAGCUGAGAACACCACCAACGCUCCGUACGUCCUCAUCGGCACUGGGACUGUCAUCAUCGUCUUCGGCCUGUUCGGAUGCUUCGCCACCUGCAGGGGGAGCCCAUGGAUGCUCAAACUGUAUGCAAUGUUCUUGUCCCUGGUGUUCCUAGCUGAGUUGGUGGCUGGGAUCUCUGGCUUUGUUUUUCGUCAUGAGAUAAAGGGAACCUUCCUGAGGACGUAUACUGACGCGGUGUUGAACUAUGAUGCUGAGGAUGAGAAGAGCCUGGUAGUGGACAACGUCCAAAGCAGCCUGCAUUGCUGUGGGGUGUACAACUACACCAGCUGGUUGGGCAGUGUGUACUACCCUGCUAACGGCUUUCCCCUGAGCUGCUGCUCCAACUCCUCUGACUGCAGCCCACAGGACCUCCGCAACACCACCAUAAACCACACCAAAAUCAACCAGCAGGGCUGUUAUGAACUGGUCACCUCCUUCCUCGAGAUCAACAUGGCCAUCAUUGCAGGAGUGACUUUUGGCAUCGCCUUCUCACAGUUGAUUGGCAUGUUGCUGGCAUGUUGUCUGUCCAGGAUCAUUACAGCUAAUCAGUAUGAGAUGGUGUAGCUGGGAGAGCAGGGAGAUGAAGAGGAGAGGGUGAACAGCAUCUUGGUAGACUGGGACAGAAGAUCCCCACAACACUAGCACAUUGCAUCAAUAACCCCCCUCUCUCGCUCCCCCUCUCCUCCCUCCCUCUCUCGCUCUCUCACGUUCUCUCCCCCUCUCUCUCUCACGUUCUCUCCCCUCCCCCCUUUCUCUCACUUUCUCUCCCCCUCUCUCUUUCACACUUCUCUCCCCUCUCCCCCUCUCUCUCGCUCUCUCUCUCUCGCUCUCUCUCACUUUCUCUCCCCCUCUCUCUCUCACUUUCUCUCCCCUCUCCCCCUCUCUCUC